CUCCUGUGAUCAUUGUGUCACCAAAGAAAGUUCACAAUGUCACUGGGGCCCAGGUGUACCUGUCCUGUGAAGUGAAGGCAGUGCCCACUCCUGUCAUCACUUGGAGAAAGGUCUGAGAGUCACACAAAGGAGUCGAACUCCUGGAGGAGCUGCCUGGAGGCAGAGCGAACAUGGCCGCUCAAGUUCAGGGAGGACCUUCACAGCACGGGGGCACAGGGUGGGUUUUGGUAAACCAACUAAUGAAGGAAGAUCAGGGCGUCUAUCAGUGUCACGCUACCAACAUGGCUGGAGAGGGACAUGCAGAUGGGAGUAUCACAGUCCUACAGCAGAACAAAAGCAAGAAGGAGACAUCGGUUCUGGGCAGCCAGGAGUUGGCUGUAAAGUUCACUGUCAUGCCCUGA